AUGAAGCUGUCCAACACCCUCAGCAUUGGCCUCGUGGCAUUGAUCUCUAACGUGCACGCGCAUGGCGAGCAGGUGCCCGUGGCAGACAAUGCCGACUGGGCCACGCGGCAUAUGGCAGAGGAGCACCACAUAAACUCGUUCGACGCGGGCGUCUUCUUCAACCUGCACGACUACGACGGGACAGGCAAAUGGUCGCCCGACGACGUGCGCAAGACGUACGGGCUGCUGGACGAGUCGGCCAAGAACAUUCCGCAGGCGAAGAAGGACGAGGUCGUCAAGAUCGUCUUCGACCUCUACGACAAGGACAUGUCGGGCGACAUCACGUUUGCCGAGUUCACCAUCGGCAACGCCGCCGGCGUCGUGCUGCCUGAUUUUGGCACCGGGCCUGGCCACCAUGGCGACGACGAGUACGAGUAUGAAAUCCACCAUUUUGAGAAAUACCAUGGUGGCGACGACGUUAAGGAGGAGGACCUUAUCCACCCGGAGGAUAUCGAACAUUUCAAGAAACAUGAUAUGCUGGAUGAGGCGAGGGAGAAGCUUGAGAGGCAGGAGAAGAUGAUGAUUGUCGACUCCAACAUCCCUGCCAAGUUCCGCAGAGUCGGCCACUAG